UCCUACGAUCUACACUUACUCUCAGCCAAUGAGAGCUCAGUAAUAAUGCGGAAACUAGUGCGAUUGACUCAUUAUAACUUUUAUUUACACGCUGUUUAUAGACAUUGGGACAUAAGAACGCCUUAAUUUUAUAGUCUAGGUCCAAUGCUUACUCCAUAAUCUACUACUACUAUUGUAGAAUAACCCUAAUGUCAAUGAAAGAUAAUUGCGUCAUAUUUUCUCUUGUUUUAAAUUUAUAAAUAAUUUAUUUUACACUUUCUAACUCAAGUUGCAGUAUUAGUAAAUGCAAAUUUUGUCGGUAUAAAAUGCUCGAAAAAAAAAAACAGUGAUAUAUCUUUACGGUUUCUUGUAUUUAUUAACAUUUUGCCAAAAUUAAUAUUGUGUUCUUGUUCAUAUAUCAAGAAUGUAUAGUCUGUAAUCUGAAAAUUCACUAAUAGGAUACGAUAGUUGUUAGGUUUUGUAUUUAUCAUGUCAGUUGCAUAUUGUAAAAAUCGUUUUUUGAUAAACAAUCGUUUUCUAAAAAAUUUCCAAAAAAAUAAAACAUCUUUUCUAGUCCUGUAAAAAGACACCAUUCGGAUUGCAGCGUCAAUUUCUCAAGAUGCGCUGUAUACACGAUACUCAAUCAAGUUCAAAAAGUGAAGUCUCAUUGUAAGUCUAUAAUUAUAAAAACUGUGAGAAGAUUGAUCAAUUCAAUGAAUUCUUUUUUAAUAGUUAUAAUAAUAAUAAUUCUGAAUAUGGAAGUUACAUUUGUUUGCUCAUAAUAUGACCUCAUACCAAUUCAAUAGUAUGUGCUUUCAUAUAUACAUCGUACACUCUGCUGUGUCACUUGAGAUAAGACAUUUAAUCUCUAAACUAUUUAUAGACACGAGUUACGUGUUGCAGACGCAGUUAGUAUUUGAUCGUACACAAGACUCGUCAUGCAAUUUCAAGAAGAUUCGCGAAUCUGCGCUUUCGUGUCUCAAAGAACAGUCUUCGCAAAUAGCGUCCGACCGGCUACAUUAGUCGUAUACGAUGAAAAAAUACAGGAAAUAUCGUACAACACCGGUGAAGACGUUGUACGAUAUUUGUCACAGAAAUAUCCCGGCAUUCGGUUUAACGAUUACGGCUCGUUAGUGCUAAUGCCUGGAAUAAUAGACUCCCAUGUGCAUAUAAAUGAGCCCGGAAGAACCGAAUGGGAAGGAUUUUACACUGCAACACGAGCGGCCGCGGCUGGCGGUGUCACCACGAUCGCGGAUAUGCCUUUGAAUUCUAUUCCGCCCACUACCACUUUAGAUAAUCUCAAAAUUAAAGCGAGAGAAGCGUAUUCGAAAACGUUUGUAGACGUUGCGUUCUGGGGCGGUGUGGUACCAGGAAAUCAACACGAAUUGCGAUCGUUAAUAAACGCAGGUGUAGUUGGUUUCAAGUGCUUCUUGUGCCCAAGCAAAAUCGAUGAAUUUCCACAUGUCUCUGUGGACGAUGUGAAAAGAACUUUUAUGGAAUUAUUGUCUACAAAAACUGUGCUUGCGUUUCACGCAGAAUACGAGCGGAAUGAGGAAACGAAUUUGUUAACUGACGAUCCAGGAUUGUACGAUACUUUCUUGCGUACUCGACCUGAUCUCAUGGAACUUGAUGCCGUAAAAUUAAUUUGUGAUUGGUGCACAAGAUACAAAGUUCGAUGUCACAUAGUGCAUUUGUCAAGCGCGGAAUGUUUACCAUUAAUAAAUGACACCAAAGCUCGUGGUGCACCUUUAACCGUGGAAACAUGCUAUCACUAUUUGGUACUAGCCGCGGAAGAAAUACCAGCAGGCUCUACUGAAUUCAAAUGUUGCCCGCCAAUCAGGGGAAAGAACAAUCAAGAACAGUUAUGGCACGGUAUUAAAAAUGGAACGUUAGAUAUGAUUGUUUCGGAUCAUUCUCCCUGUGUGCCAGAAUUAAAGACUCGUGGAAAUUUUUUGACUGCUUGGGGUGGUAUCUCCUCAUUGCAAUUUGGAUUAUCGCUGAUAUGGACAGCCGCGAGAACGAGAGAUAUGUCACUUUCCGAUGUUUCGAAGCUAUUAAGCAGUCAACCCGCAAAGCUGUGCGGCCUCGAAGAUCGCAAAGGUGAUUUAUUAGUUGGAAUGGACGCAGAUUUUGUUAUUUGGGAUCCAGAAGAAUCUAUUAAGAUCGAGGCAAAUGAUAUUCACCACAAAAAUAAACUGACACCGUAUCAAGGGAAAGUCCUGUUUGGAAAAGUAAUCGUAACUGUCCUUAGGGGACAAUUUGUUUUUAAGGAAGGAAAGAUUUGCGAUAAACCCGUGGGAAAAUUACUGUUAAAUAAAAAUGUUUUGCAAAUGAUAAGAACCUAAUAAACUUUUUCUUUCAUCACGAAUA